CUUUCUUUUUUUUGGUUUAAACCAUGCUGAGGGACAAUUGUAAAUCACACUGUUUUUAAUUGACUGUUGUUACUGCUGUUAUUGAUGUUUUGUCCUUCCCUUACUGAUUUGCUGAUAUAGUUUAAAAUAUUAGAGUAGAGAUGUUAGAGUUAGGGAGGUGAGUGCAUUAGACUAUCACUGGUGUUGUUGUUAUUAUGUUGUUGUUGUUGCUGUUGUUGUUGUUGUUGCUGUUGUUGUUGUUUCAAUUCGUUGUUAUUGUUAUAACUACAGUCGAAACAAAAACGUUUUCAAAAUUACUUUCAGUGGUUGUUGCUGGUGAUGGUUUUUUCUAAGCUCACUGUAGAUUUUUUGUUAGAUUGUUCUUAAAGCUGCUUAUUGGUCACAUCACACCUAGUGUGAAAGCGGGUGCAUUUUUUAAUUUUCAGGAGGUGUGAAAGAUUGGAACAGAAGUACUUUUCUAUUUGACCUGCCUUUUUAUCAAAUACCUCUACUCUUAGAUUAGACGCAUGUUCAUAAUAAUCCCGCCCCUUUGCAUUAAAAACAAAAUGUAUGUCUAGUAGUGUGUUUAGCUCACAUAAAGAGUACAGAGCAGAGCAAUGGGUAAUGUUAGAACAGUUCUUUCAGAUUGUGAUUUAAAUAUUAUUAUGUUACUGUGAUGUAAGAACGAGUGAUAUGUUGUCAUAAAAUGUAUAUUAUUAAGUACUUCUGUCACAUUCUGAACUCACUUGACAUAAUGUUUUUCAAUGCGUACAGUGAAUGUUGUCAAGUGUUUCACCUUGUAACCCUCUAGACUAAAAGAGCGUAGUUGUUGGAUUUCUGAAGUGAGAGUGAGAUAGCCUCGUUAUUCUGAAUCAGAGAGAAAAUACUGCAGCGUUUAUGUUUUCUUUUGCUGGUGUAUUUGUUUGGUUGUUCUACUAAUGCUGUUUCCUGGUCCUAGUGCGUUCUAUUUUUACCUUUGAGACUUUUAAAAAGUGUAAACAAUAAAACAUUAAUCUAUUAGACAGAUUUGAAAAUGAUAAAGAUAUGUAGUAGGAUGAAUGAAGAGAGAGAGAGAGAGAGAGAGAGAGAGAGAGAGAGAGAGAGAGAGAGAGAGAGAGGUGCUAAAAUGAGAAUUCUCAUCUCAUGAAGCGAGACGGUGAGCGUCGUGUUGAAGUGCAAGUGUCCUUGUGUGGUGGUCAACAGCCUGUCUGUCGAGCACGCCCUUUGACCUUACACUCAAAGGGUCACACAGAAUACGACAGCAGUUUACCUCGUACCCUAUUAAUAUUUUCAGACGUUGUGGUAUGUUCGUGUUUGAAAAAAAAGGUUCAACGAGAUGGUGGUGUUUUGUGCUAUUAUACUAUGAGUGAGACAUUAUCAAGGAUAUUAUUCUCUUUUAUUGCAGUUUUUAUUGGUUCAGUGGUGAACAUUUGGAACUGGCACAGCAUAAACCACUCAUUUCAAGUGAUGCCAAGCUACUAUCUGUGUGGAUGCAAGUUAAUGCAGAUUAAGCCUUCUUAAACGGCCCUCUUAUUCAGCCUCCAGGAUCAGCCUUGUGCUAACUUCCACCCCUAUCCAGAACGAUGUAUGGAGCGCGAAGGGCUUCUUGGCUGGUUGUCGGAGCACUCUUUAUUGCCAAAGUGUCUUCCUCAGCCAGUGGUGCGAGAUACACACGUAGCGGGCUGGCCGCAGAUGCCCGAAUCCAAUCAGAUGAGUUCCCCAAGCCCUACCCGCCCAGCUGCAACAUCACGUGGGAGUGGGCGGUGCCUACUGGCAUAUGGGCGGUCGUCUUCAACGAAGUGCAUCUAGAUGAAGACGACCGUGAUUGGAUAAAAGUUUCUGAUAGCCAGAGAGAAGUAAAGUUUAGCCUUCCGUCUUCGCCGCCGGCGAUGUCAUUCAUGACCAGUGGCCCUCAAUUGACCGUUCAGUUUGUCAGUGAUGACCGCACCAUUAAAACGAGCCGCGGGUUUGACCUACUUAUUCUCUACGGCAAAACGGAACAGGACCUGAAGUUUAAAAUCUAUGAAGCAAGGAAGCGAGAGGAAAAAGGGGGAAAAGAAGACGAGUCGGGUAGGGUCCAGGUGGUGGUGGAGUGUGUCCUGGCUGUGUUGCUGACGAUUGUGGUUUGUAUCCUGGCCUUCUUGUUCAUCCGGAGGCGUCGUGCCCGCAGGAGGAACGCACGUGCCAGGGAUGAUACGAGUGUGAGGCGGGAGUCGCCAGCGGUCUCUCACGCGCGGAGACCUGGGAGAACAAGCAACGACCAUCUACCACGUGACUGGGACACCCAGCCACCGCAACGGCAACAACUGCGGCAACAACAACAACUACUACUACAACAACAACAACAACAACAACAACAACAACAACAACAACAACAACAACAACGGCAACAGCAACAUCAUCAGCAGCAACAACGGAGUACCCGGCCUAGCGUGAAGCGGUCUGACAGUCGUUUAGGGUGGAUGGAGAGAGCGGAGCUGAACACGAGCAUACAGAAAAAGUCGAGAAGUACGCCCCGUCCCAACUUGUACACAUCAACGUCCAGAGAGAGCGGCGGGGAUCAGCCAAGAAAGCAGCCUGUGAGUCCCACGCGCUCGCAAAAUGAUGACGUCAACUUCACAGGCAGCUCCAUUCGCACUGCAGCGGAAUCAACACAUGUCAGUCUGGGAGCGACGUGCUCGAAUUUCUAUCAAGAAGACCACACAGAAAUAAAGAUCUCGAACUACGACGAGACAGCGGACUCUAUUGCUGGAGCCAUAAUCUCUGGAGACGACUCAAACAAUUGUCCCUAUGAAAACGUAUCGUUUCAACCAGAGUUUUACGGUUCUGACGAUUCAGACGCACCCCCUCCUUCCUACUCUGUGUCGAUUCAGUCAGAGCCUCAUGUGUGCUACGCAAAUGUGGACUUCCAUAAAGAACGGCCCUUUAUGGGUAGCCAGACGAAUAUCUAUAUCAACGCAGGUCCAUUCCACCAAGGGGAGUCAGCCUCUGUGGCAGCAGCAGAAUUCGGAAGGCGUUCAAAUCCGGGUUCGCAUUAUGACACAGUGCCCUUAAACCCUACAGAAAAACUGGUGAGCGCUGGGUCAGCUAAUGAUAGACAACCUUACAAAUCCCCUUCCCAUUUAUCACGUGCCAAUCGUGUUGCGGGCAAAGAUGUCUUGUCCAAUCAGACGACAGCUCAGAAUUUGAGAAGAGCCUUCUGCCCUGCCUCAGCAAACAACACCAUCCACGUCAUGGAUGGCUACGCAUAUUUGAUUCCGUGCCCUCUCCCUUCACCCUCGAAUCAAGAAGACUGGGUACCUGAAAGAGCUGAUAGAGCAGCCGGUGGCGCAGAUUGGGAAGAAGUCAAAAAGACCAAACCCACUUCACAGAACAAGGACAUUGGGAUAGGCGGUGUUCCUUCGGACGAACACACAGAGACCCCAGCCUCUACCUCUGACCUGGAAGGCCAAAAUGAAGAUAAUAGUUGUCAAAUAUACGUCAAUAUUUAAUUUUUCAGAUUGUUGAAAGAGUUAGAAGAUAGCGGUUUUAGGCCAAGAGAGAAUAUACAGCACUAAACAGGAUGAAUUAAUUGUGUUUUAUUUAGAAAAGUCUUUUACUGUACUCGCAACUCCAUAAAGUCUUAUGGGAGGGGGGGGGCAGAAAAUGUCGAUGACAGCAGACAACAGAACAUGGUUAUCCGUAUUACCUCUUUUCUCUCUCUCUUUGCUUGGUGUUGCUUCCAGACCAGUGUGGUUCAAAACGAACUUCAAAAGAGAUCUCCUUCCACUGGUGUAGAAACAGUCAACAAAGGACUACAGACAGUCAGUAGACUGUGAAAUGACCACCAGUACUAUAUACACAUUGGCUCAAAUAAAAAAAAAGCUGCCACAUACUGCGACCUACCAGGACUAUUGAGAACUAUAAUGUCUCGAUUCUUUUGUUGUAUACAGAUAAAGCUCUUUAGUUCCAGGGUCACUGUACAAAGGUGAGCGUAACGUAUCGCAGAUGGAACGUUUUCUCCACUCUUUGGCUGCAAACAGUAAACACCAAAGUCCUUGUGCGCUGUCAAGCUGAACAAUAAGCCAAGUGAAGCUCUCUUAGCUUUCGGAAAGCGUUUGGUAAAGGUAUCCCCAGCUUGUACGAGAAUUGGAGCUUACAAUAAGGUCAUUUUUUCUGCUAUUCACAUAACUGUAUAUAAUAUGUAUAUACAUGUAAUUAUAUAUAACAUAUAAUUGAAAGCAUAAUACAUAAAAUUAUAUAUAAAAUGAAUAAUUAUAUUCUCUUCUAUCCAGCUUUUCUCGUGGUACCAGCUUGUUUCUUUGCCUCAAAAUAUUUCUAGUGGACCAAAUCAACGUACUUGCUCGAAAAUAAUACGCCUCUAAAGUUUUCAUAAAGCCUGCACUUUUCUGUAAUGCUAAAAUGUGAACAUCGAUGAAACGUUGGAAGCAUUUUAUAUAUCUAAGCUCGAUGUAUUUACUGGAAACUCCGAUGUUUUUCUAUGCGGCAAACAAAGACGUGAUUACAGUGAAGAAAGACCGAACGUCCGGAGAGAAGAAAGGAGUUUUGUUGGGAAUACAGUUGUUAUAAUUAAAUUAUUAACCUAUAUUCGUGCUGGUAUCAAAGGUCGUUGACGGUUCACUUGUGGAGGAUAAUAAAGUAUUAUAUACCUGUA